UUUCUCCCCAUUCAUCUGCCUCAGACGGAGAGUCACAUCACUGGGCAUAGUGUCAGAAAGAGGAGAUUCCAGCUGAAAUAAAUAUGAAAUAACAACAGAAGGGGAAUUCAUAUCUAAAGCGGCGUAUUGUUUCCUUAUCUGGGUCAGCUACGUGAGUUUUUUCGUUACAGAGUUCGGCUUUAAAAACUGUGUUCAUUUUAAUUAUGAGUUUAAUAUUACUCGCUACGUUUUCGCAAAGGAAUGAUUAAAAAAACCGUGACCAGAUUUCUCGAGUCAGACCACUUUUAACAACAGGAAUAUGGCAAAAAAUAUUAUAGACCACCAAAGGGAUGAUUUAAGCAAGGUAUCGGAUGAAGAACUGCUUAAAUGUAGCAAAGAUGAGCUGCUUAGGAGACUCCGGAAAGUGGAUAGUGAAAAGAUUAACUUGAUGGUUGAACACGGGAACAUGAUGAAGGACGUCAACCGGAGAUUACAAGUGCAUCUCCACGAAAUCCGGAGCUUGAAGGAGGUCAAUCAGAAACUGCAAGAAGAUAACCAGGAGCUUCGAGAACUGUGCUGUUUCUUGGAUGAUGAUCGGCAGAAAGGAAAAAAGCUGUCCAGGGAAUGGCAGAGAUUUGGCAGGUACACUGCCAGUGUUAUGUUGAAGGAGGUUGGUAUAUUCCAGCAAAAACUGAAAGACCUAGAAACCAACCAGGAGAGUGUGAUGAAAGAGAAUGUGGAGCUGAAGGAGAUCAUCCUCAUGUUAGAUGAUGAGAGGAAUGGAGCCGGAUCCAGGAGCUCCAUAGACAGCCAAUCCAGUCUGACCAAUCUGAACGGAGGUUCUGCUACUGUGAGGGAUGUUGGAGACGGGAGCAGUACCUCUAGCACGGGCAGUGCUGGGAGCCCUGAUCACCACCACAGCCAUAUUCACAAACCUUCAGAGGGAAAGAUCAUGUCUAUCAGGAGGUCUAUGGAUGAUCUAUCAACCAACCCUCUCCUCAGAAGCAUACCGAAUGGGCUCAAUGAUUCAUCUUCAAGCUACAUCCGCCAACUUGAGACUAAAGUCCGGAUUUUAGAGGAUGACAACAAGCAAUUGUUAUCCCAGCAGGGGAGCACGGGAGAUCUGAAGACACUUCGGAAAGGGCUGUCUCCGUAUCACUCCGAGUCCCAGCUCUCCUCGCUAUCCCAGUUUCAGGACACCUUACAGAAUGGGUCUGCGCGGAUGCCAGGAGAUGAUCUGCCGCCCCCCAUCACAGGAUACCUGCCGGCUGCACAGAAACCAGAGGCUGUUGUCCAUGCCAUGAAAGUAUUAGAAGUCCAUGAGAACCUAGACAGGAAGAUCCCGGAGGACUACGAGGAGGAUCUCAGUGAGAAAGAGAAAGCCAUUGUCAGAGAGAUGUGUAAUGUGGUGUGGCGUAAGCUCGGAGAUGCAGCAGGAUCCAAACCCUCCAUCCGCCAACAUCUCUCUGGGAACCAGUUCAAAGGCCCUUUGUAGCUUCCAUGUCAAUGACCAGCAGGGCCUCGAACAAACAAACAAAUCUGUGAAUAUGACAGGAGGAACAGACAGUCUCAGAACGGGGCAACUUCGGGAAACCACACAAAGAGCUUUGCAUCUACUGCCAGCUCCUUUCAGCCCAUGCCAUUCAGUUGAGACAUUUCAAACCUAUUACUUAUGAUGCCCUGUGGUAGUUUAACAUAUAAUGGACUCACAAUUAGCACAAGCUAAAUAAUUACUCUAUUUAUGUGCACACCAUCCAAGAAGGCAGCUUAAUGGAUUCGUUUCUCGUUCCAGAUAAGGAAUGAAAGCACACAGCUCUAACGCAGAUAAAUUCUCCAUGGAGAUACUUCUACAAGAUAGAUCCUUUCCACUUUCAGCUAAAAAGCUUUUUGAUUUUGGCAUAAGACCACUCCAUAUUAUAUAUUUUUUUUACCUUUUACACUACCGUUCAAAAGUUUGGGUUGUAUGUUUUUGAAAGAAGCCACUAAUAAUCAGCAAGGCUGCAUUUAUUUGCCUCUACAUACAGUGAAAGUAACAUUGUAAUAAUACAAUAAUAUAGUGAAAUAUUAUUACAUUUUAAAAUAGUUGUUCUGUUUUAAAAUGUAGUAUAUUCCUGCGACGGCAAAGCUGGAUUUUCAGCAGCUGUUACUCCAGUUUUCAGUGUCACAUGAUCCUUCAGAAAUCAUCCUAAUAUGCCGAUUUGACGUUCAAGAAACAUUUCUUAUAAUUAUCAAUGUUGAAAACAGUUGUGGAAUUUGAAACCAUCAAUGAAUAGAAAGUUCAAAAGAACGGUGGUUAUUCACAAUUGAAAUCUUUCGUUUUCUGCUACAUUUAAUGCAUCCUUGCUGAAUAAAAGCAUUAUUUAAAAAAAUAUAUGAAUCUUACUGACCCCAAACUUUCAAACAGUUGUUGUAUAUAUAUUUUUUUGACUUUAGCCACUCCUAUCACAUCACAAUGUGACUGUUAUCAUUACACUUAAACUCAAACAUUACUUAUAUGUACCAGCCACAAGUUCUAUUCAUUCAUCAGUGUUAAUUAUGGACCAUUAACAUAACUGAAAAACAAAACAUAACAGUAAACCUUUUAAUAACAAACAAAAAAAGUCUUUAUUUCAGGUAGUUCAUGAACGACAUAUUUUCUCAGGUUCCCAGAAAUACAUAUUCUAAAAUAAUACUGUAUACUUUAUUUUGAAUAAAUUCUAUUACCUGGAAAUAUUCAAAGGAUAUAUGCAGGUCAGCUCACCAGUUUAAGCAUUUAAUUAUUUUUAAUAUUUUUUUUAAAUAAAUGCUGCUUUCUGUGACUCCAUUUGUAUUUAAACAAAUGAAAGCAGAUUGUAGAAUCCUCUUGUAGUGAAUGGGUGCCGUCAGAAUGAGAGUCAUUGCAAUGGUGUAAAGUUAAAAUGCCUUAAAAAUGGAUUUGUUUCUUACAAACAAUUAAUGUUUUACUUUACAAUAUCAUGUGAAUUAAGAUGUUUUGAUCAGCUGUUUGAACUCUCAUUCUGAUGGCACCCAUUCAGUACCAAGUCAUGUGAUGUAAAAUUUCUCCAAAUCUUUUCCAAUGAAGAAAGAAACAAACACAUAUACAUCUUGAUGGCCUGGUUGUGAGUUAAUUUUCAGCUAUUUUUAUUUCAUUUUUUAUUUUGGCUGAACUAUUCCUUUAAAUCUGUUUGAGGUCUAAAAAUUAAGUUCUGUAUGAAAAGAACUGGAGCUGUAUUUCAGGUUCUAGAAACCGAAUAGGUGCAAUAGAGAAACUCUAUGCUGGAUGAAAUGCAAUGUGGAAGUGAUGCGUGUUUUCUGUUUAGCCUGAGGUUUUAUCAGUACACUGUUUCAGAAAGCAUUUUAAUGUCAUAAUCUGCCAUUGGAGCAUGUAAAGUACCUCAGCCAGUCACACUUUCCAUUUCCAUUUCCAUAUUCCUUUUCCCAAGCUUAACAUUUCUGCAUAAACUGAAUGAAAUCAGACCAUGCAGUAAGUGUUGAUGAAAACUGGAUCAAUUGUAAGGUUUGCAUUAUUAAUAAGCUUCUUUUGAUGAAUUUUGUGUAAAGUGUAAUUCUGCUCCAUAGGCCUAGUUCAUGAGACCCUCAGGCAACAGCUUUUUUUUGCUCAUUGUACAUGAUAUAUAGCGAAGUCUUAAGUAAAUGAGAAAGCAGUAGAUGAGAUGUCUCUUGAGUCUUAUGUAUUAUAAUGCAGAUUCAUUAUACAUGUACACAAGAACUGUCUCAAAAGAUGCUUGCUGCAUUCCCACAAAAGCUCUUUUUUAAAACCAGUAACCCAACAAGCCAUAAUUUUGUAUUGUUUGUUUAAAUCAAAGCUAUUUUGAGCAUUGCCGAAAUUCUUCUGUCGAUCUAGUUAUUUUUGUAUUAAAGUUGUAUGGAUAUUUCAUUGAAAUUGUAUAUUUAUGAGAGCACCUUUAUAGUGCUAGACUGAAAUCACAUUCGUAUUGGAUGUUUUUUUUUGUUGUUUUUUUCACACUGGGUGCAGCAGGUGGCUUUUAGCAAUAUAUAUAUAUAUAUAUAUAUAUAUAUAUAUAUAUAUAUAUAUAUAUAUAUAUAUAAUUAUUAUUAUUAUUUUGUCUGAUGUUUAUGCGAACAAAAUGAGCAGCAAACAUUUGAAUAAGUAAAGAAAAUAGUUGCAUAUUUAUAUGAAAAGGAUAUGUUAUGAAUUUGGGUCAGCAAAACAGUGUGUGCUGUUAACAACACAGUAAUAUUGUCUCUUCUAUGCUGUGAAGUGUUUCAUGUGAACAUAAAACCUAAAUCAUUGCUGUUGAACUACAUGUGAACAUAAUACCUAAAUCAUUGGUGUUGAACUGCACGCAUACAUUAAAACUAUUUUUGAAAUCCAAUUAGAAGUGUCCUUUAUAAACAGAUCUAGAAUACACAACUACUGACUUUUUGUAUUUGUUCAGUUUAAAGCAAAAAAAAAAAAAAAAAAAAAAAAAUCUGAAAUGCUGAUAUUUUCUUAUUUUCUUUUCAAAUGCACUGCUUCUUUUGUGAAUAACGAUUUGAUGUUUGAAUCUUUCAUAAAAUUCAAUGUUGUGUGUAGCUCAUCUGUAUGUGAAACACGUGAAGUUGUAUUCUAGGACAUACAAUACAUUGUAAAUAACUACUAUUAUUGUAGAAUACCUGUAACUAGCAUGCGUUUAUAUAUUUUUAAUAAGCUGUAUGUAGCUGAGAAAGGACCUGUAUUUUAGCUAAUAAAAAUUCUAAAUAAAUUGCAAAUAACCCUCUUGUAGAUUUAAAAUAAAAACGAAUCCUUCUCUUUG